CACUUAGCCUAGAUUACAAACCACGGCAAAGUACUAAAUAUAAAUACCUCACACCGUUACCCAAACGCAGGCAAAAAGUUUUGAGAGAGAUAGAGAGAGGGGGAAAGAAUAGAAACGCACAGUGUGGUCAACAUCAUAGAAAGUUUAUUGUUGCCAUUAUCGAAGAUCAACAGCAGAACCACAAUGUUUGGGAAGACGUGGGUUUGCACACUCGUGGUGACGGCCAUGGUGGUCUUGAUGGGCACCGAGGGGGUUCGCUACCGCGGGGCUAAUUCUAGAGUCAGCCAACGGAAAUCUCCAAGUACGAAGGACCUGCCCCAAAGUGGUGAAAAUCUCCGAAUGCUGGAACAACUGACGGCACGAGUUGGAAGGGUAGAGGCCACCGUCGGUCGCAUUUCCCGAACCAUAGGGCAGAUCGGACUGAAGAUGAAGGAACUGAAUCUCGUGAUUUACCGGAUCGAAACGCUUUCCGUGACCUUAUGGAGAGGUUUGACCGAGUGAGCAACAGAGUAGCGAAUUUGGACGAGUGGCGCUCACGUCAAGAUCGCGGAGAAAGCAACAAUGGCGACGCUGUCGGUCAAUCGGAAGACGACGCAGAUGAAGACCUGUCGAUGCGGCGCCCGAUGAUUCUUCCGUCCGAAGAAGGAGGUGACCGUCUCUUCCCUGCUGAUGGACGCCUUAGAUCUGCGGAUGACGGUGAAGCGCCAGACCGCCCACGUCCCAACACUGGGUCGGGAGGUCUACCCCUACGCGAACGCCUUGGAGCUGGAGACAAUGACGGCACCGACGACGUCGACGGGCCACGUCCCAACCGCCCGCGUCUGCGUCCCUACGCUGGGCCGAGGCGUCGUCCCAACCCUGAAGGCGGUGACGAUGACGGCGGCGAACAGGAGGGAGAGCUCGAAGAAGCGGAGGAGGGACCAGAGGAGGGAGCAGAGGAGGCAGCAGAGGAGGGAGCAGAGGAGGCAGCUGGGGAGGGAGCAGAGGAGGCAGCAGAGGAGGGAGCAGAGGAGGGAGUAGGGGAGGCAGCAGAGGAGGCACCAGAGGUGCAGGGAUACGAAGAGGCAGAGGAAACAUUGCGGGAAUACAUCCAAGAGUUAGGGCGGGCAAUGCGUUCUGCCUAA